AUGGCAGCGUUAAAACAGGAGCAUCGAUAUGGGCUCUCCUGUGGAAAGAUUAAUAAAAACAUUCCCAACAAAACUAUUUAUCACGUCAAGCUUACAGACACUGCCAUCCGGACACUAGAAGCCUAUCAAAACCUGAAGGGAUCCUUACCAAAUCAACCGGCAAUUUGCUUCAAGGGGAGCCAGGGGUACAUCAAGAUUCCUGCUCCAUCCUCGGACUCUCCCGACGCUCUGCGAGUCUUCUCCUUCUACCUGUCCAGUGAUAGUAAGGACAAACCUCAGGCCAGCUUUGAUUGUAUCCAUCAAUAUGUUUCAGAGGACGGACGAGAGCAUUUGGAGGGUCAGGGCAGUAUUCAGGACAAGAUCACGGUCUGUGCCACUGAUGACUCCUACCAGAUGACCCGUGAGCGCAUGUCUCAAGUGGAGAAAGAUAUCUGGAGUCGGUCUGCCAUUGAGAUCAAACCGGGUUCCACUCAUCCCAGUAAAUGUGUGAAGAUCAAGAGGAAGCAGGGACUGCCAACAAGCUUUGACAACGGGACUAACAAACAUUCCCCUAGCAACAAGCGGAGCAGCACCCCCAGCCUGGUGGCCCACAGACCUCUGAAAGAGCGAGUCAUUCAUGUCCUGGCUUUAAAGCCAUACAGGAAAGCAGAGCUACUGUUGUGGCUGGAUAGAGAGAGAGCUAGCCCCAAGGACAAGGCCGACCUGAGCUCUGUGCUGGAAGAGGUUGGUAAACUCAACCCCAAAGAUCAAAGUUUCACUUUGAAGGAUGAUUUCUAUAGGCAUGUUCAGAGGGACUGGCCGGGUUACAUGGAAGAGGAGAAGCAGCUCAUCAACAGGCUGCUGGCCAGAAAGCUUCAGCCUCUCGGCAGUAGCCAGUUGAAGACGUUCCAGUCCAACCAUUCAUUCCAGAAAACCUCAGGGGAUUCUCCAUCACAGCUCAGCCCAGUCAAGAAUCUCUCUGUGAAACGCCCCGUGCCUUCUGACCACUCGGAAAGUCAGACUCCUAAGAAGCAAAGAGUGUCAGACCACAGUUUGCCCUUGCAGUCUCCCUCAAAUGGCCAUCAUCUGAACUCUUCUGCAGGGCGUAACUCCACCAGCAAUGGAAAUUCAAGUUUACAAACCAAAACGGAGUUUGAGAGGGCCAACUCUAGCAUUCAGGAGAGUCCAAACAACCCUUACCAACAACACAAACUCGGCGAAGCCAACAGAACUCCCAAAGUGGAGCGACUGGAGGCAGAAAGAGCCCCCAAACCCAGUCCCAACCCUUCAAGGACUGAACCCCCAAUCUGCACAGACCAGCAGCUCGCCAAUGGCCAGCACAAAAAGAAAAAGUCCAAGAAGCACAAAGAGAAAGAACGAGAACGCUUAAAAACAGAUUGGGUGGAGACGAGCCCUGAUCUUAAACAUAACCAGGAAAAUCUCAAUGAACGUGAGGGGGCCAACACACCUGUCUCCCGUGCCUCACCCGAGGAGCUGCCCGACUAUUUAAUAAAGUACAGCACCAUAACAGGCUCUGAGCAGCGUCAGCAGUACAAGGAGGAUUUCUGCGCUGAGUAUGACGAGUACAGGGACCUACACGAGCGGAUAGGAAGAGUUACAGAGAUGUUUGUUCAACUGGGCUCAAAGAUAAAGACUCUAUCUCCUGGAACACAAGAGUACAAGGUAAUGGAGGAUCAAAUAUUGGAGAAGUAUAGAAAGUAUAAGAAGAAAUUUCCUGGUUACCGGGAAGAAAAGAAGCGGUGCGAAUAUCUCCAUCAGAAACUGUCACACAUCAAAGGGCUGAUCCUGGACUAUGACCGGACCCAUCCGCCCUCAUAGUCUUUAAUCUCACUCACUCAGAGUGUCAGCAUGGACCAAAAGACUCCCGAAAAGAGACGUCCAAGCCUGGACCCAGGACCAAACCUGGCUCCUCCAGCACAGAGGGCCCUGAGGAGGAGUUCUCACUUUACUCCUCUGAACAAAUGUUCCGGAAACAGAAGAGUGUAAGCUCUAGCUUCAGAAGUGGGGCUAGAUCUCAUGACUCGUGACAAUGCCCUCUAACUUUUUUGUGUGUUUUCUUUUUUUGUUUGUUUGUUUGUUUGUUUUUUUCCCUUUGUGAUUGAAAGCGUUGAAGAGAAUUUGUGGCAUUGAGGUAACAGAAGACCAAAAAUCUUUUGUGUCUUACCACUGCUGAUUUUACUCUCCUGACUUAGGCAAAAGACCAAGUCCAUGCCAAGCUGAGGUUGCAUUUCGAUGGUACAGUACAAUCAUAAAUUCAGGUUUAGAUCACCCACUCCACUGUCUGUCAGUGCUUUACUUUAGUGCUAAACACAGUGUCUAUUUUUGGUAUUUUGCUGAAUGUACAUUUGUAAAAUUGCUGUAAGAUCAUGAAUUAUAAACAGAGGGUUUUAAUCACUGGAUGAAUAAGGGAAAACCUUAAAUGUUCUAUAUUCUGGGGUAAUUGUACCAAACUCUGUAGAAUAUAGAGGUGCACAUUCUAGCCAAUAAUUUUUGUUAGUUGUAGCUCACAAACCUCCUCAGCAAGCCAUUCAUGUCAAAUUCUCUGUAGGAAAGAGACCUCUUUCUGUGCAGUCACCCUGUAAUGUGUGACUACUGCCUGAGCAGUGACCUAGGUCCUUCUCUAUGUCAUAUAAUGUGUAGUGGGGUUUCCUGACCUGGGUUACAGGGGCCACUCCUGUCAGAACUGGAGUAUAAGUGGAUGAGACUUCAAAACAUAAUGCCCACAUCUCCUACACUACAUACGAAUAACACACAAGAGUACAAAACUGGUCUGUUUUCCAUGACCACUGUGUCCAGGGUCCAGUGCUCGAACCACUACAGCACAUAGUGUCCUUAUGACAUAAUUAUUAUUAUUAUUAUUAUUAUUAUUAUU